AUGGGGCUCCGAUCCGUCCACAACCGCAAGAGCAGGCCCAGGUCUGGGAGGGGCCUGGCCGUCGUGGGCAGCUGGGGAGUGGGGCGUGAGAGUGGCCCCCGCGGCUUCACCACACUCUGUGUGGCCCAGCAGGAGGCCUGGCCCCUCAGCCAGGAUGGGCAGGCGUGGCUCGCGGUCCCUGGACACCUAUGCCUCAGCCAGGCCACAAAGAUCUACAGCAUGACAGGAGGGCGGCCAGUGGCUGGGCACCCCCUGCUGCCGGAGGCCAGUGUGCUCCAGGUUCGUGUCCCGGAGACGCCCAAGGCCGAGGCUCUUCGACUCCAGCCUCGCAUUCCCCGGCCGCUGCCCCCACGGCGAGUCACGGCCGCCUUCCAUCAUCCCCAUGUCUUUGUCCUCCACCGAGGAGAGAAUACAGCGUGCUCCCUCCGCACCCUGGACCAACAGAGCCCCGGGCCUAGCGGUGAGGCCCUGGCGACUGCAGUCACCGGAGAAAAGAGCGGUUGGGCCCUCACACCCCCAGCGCAGCCACCUUCGAGCGCCCCCAGGGAGGGCUCCACGCAGCACCCGGCCCGCUCGUGUCGCCUGAGUUGGUCGGGGCUCAGCGCUCGGUGCCCCANCGUGGGCGCCUCGUACCCCACCGCCUACCCCGCCUACGUGAGUCCGGACGUGGCCCCGUCCUGGACCGCCGGACCCUUCGAUGGCAGCGUCCUGCACGGUCUACAGGGCCGCCCGAACGGCCUUCCAGGCCGCCGGGCCACCUUCGUGUCCGACUUCUUGGAGGAGUUCCCCGGAGAGGGUCGCGAGUGCGUUAACUGCGGGGCCCUGUCCACACCACUGUGGCGUCGUGAUGGCACCGGCCACUAUCUGUGCAACGCCUGCGGCCUCUACCACAAGAUGAAUGGCGUCAACCGGCCACUCGUGCGGCCCCAGAAGCGCCUGUCCUCGUCCCGCCGUGCCGGGCUGUGCUGCACCAACUGCCACACGACCAACACCACACUCUGGCGGCGGAACGCGGAGGGGGAGCCGGUGUGCAACGCCUGCGGCCUCUACAUGAAGCUGCACGGGGUGCCGCGGCCUCUGGCAAUGAAGAAGGAAAGUAUCCAGACGCGGAAACGGAAGCCUAAGAAUGUCACCAAGACCAAGGGCUCCUCAGGAUCCACAGCAAAUUCCACAGCCUCCCCCUCUGCUGUCUCCAACACCGAGAGCUCAGCAGUCACUUUGAAACCUGAGCCCAGUCUGGCAUCCCCAACGUGCCCCGGGCCCAGCAUCACCUCCCAGGCUCCCAGCCAGGUAGAUGACCCCCUGGCCCCCAGCCACUUGGAGUUCAAGUUCGAGCCCGAGGAGUUUGCCUUACCCUCCACGGCCCUAGGCCCCCAGGCUGGCCUCAGUGGGGCCCUGCGCCAGGAGGCCUGGUGCGCGCUGGCCUUGGCCUAA